AUGUCCGGCCGUCUCACAGGCAAAGUCGCCAUUGUCACCGGCGCAUCCCGCGGCAUCGGCCGUGCCACAGCCUUCGCCCUUGCCAGCGAAGGCGCCAGCGUCGUGGUCAACUACAUCUCCUCCAAGGCAGCCGCCGAAGAAGUCGUCAACUCCAUCGGUGCCGACCGCGCCCUCGCCGUCCAAGCCGACGUCUCCAAAGUCUCCGACAUCCACUCCCUCAUUCAACAGACCCUCCACCGAUUCAACAAGGUCGACAUCCUCGCCCUCAACGCCGGACUCUUCUGGCAAAAUGGCGCCCUGGAAGCCAUCACCGAGGACUCCUUCGACCGUCUCUUCGCGGCAAAUGUCCGUGGUCCGCUGUUCACGGUCCAAGAGGCGGCGCGUCAUAUCCCCGACGGCGGCCGGGUUGUCUUUUUCUCGUCGUCCUUGACAGGGUUUAGUAUGGUGACUCCUAAUUACCUCCUUUAUGUUGCCAGUAAGGGGGCUGUGGAGCAGAUGUCGCGGGUGUUGGCCAAGGAUCUUGGACGGCGGGGGAUCACUGUCAAUACGAUCUCGCCGGGGCCAAUCGGCACGGAUGCGUACUUUGUGGGCAAGACAGAGGAGGCCGUGAAGAUGCAGAGUGGGUUGGCCCCAGCAGGACGUUUGGGAAAGCCGGAGGAGGUGGCUCGCGUGGUGGUGUUUUUGGCGAGUGAGGAGGGUCAGUGGAUUAAUGGGCAGAAUGUGAGGGUCAAUGGUGGUAUGACGAUUGGAUAG